AGGUGCUGUUAUGUAACUGGUCCGUCUGGGUUAAACUAUUCAUGUCUCUCCACAAAGAAACAAUGUUUUCGUUCAUUGUUGUCAGUUUUUCUAUAAUGUUGCCCGUUGUUCGAACAGGGCCCAGCGUGGACUCCACGUAUGUUGCUGCUGUCUACGAGCAUAACUUAAUCCUGAACCCGGAGCCUCGUGUCCCCCUGUCCCGACCUGCUGCCCUGCAACAUAUGCAGAAAAACCUGGAUAUCUAUGAGGAGCAGGCUGCCCGAGCUGCCCAGCAGGGUGCCCAGAUCCUGGUGUUUCCAGAAGUUGGUCUUCAGGGUUACAACUUCACCCGUUCAUCCAUCUUUGGCUACCUGGAAACCAUUCCUGACCCCCAGCAGGAGAGCUGGAACCCCUGCACGGAGCCGGACAAACACAACAAUACUGAGGUUCUCCAGCAGUUGAGCUGUAUGGCCCGUCGUAACAACCUCUACCUGGUGGCCAAUGUUGCUGACCUGCAGCCCUGCCCCCUGCAGACCGACCCCUCCUCCUCCUGUCCCUCUGAUGGACGCUGGCAGUUCAACACCAACGUGGUUUUCAGGUCAGAUGGCCUGCUGGUGGCACGCUACCACAAACAAAACCUCUUCUUUGAGGAGGCCUUUGACACUCCGCCGCAACCCGAGAUCAUAACGUUUGAUACACCUUUUGCUGGGAGGUUUGGCCUCAUGAUCUGCUUUGACAUCCUGUUCCACGAGCCCACAAUUGCUCUGGUGGAGAGGGGUGUGCGACAGCUGAUCUUUCCCACUGCCUGGAUGAACUUGCUCCCUCUACUGGACUCGGUACAAUUCCAGCGGGCGUUCAGCUUGGGGGCCAAUGUCACCCUGCUAGCAGCCAACCUUCGUAAAGACCAACACAACAUGAGAGGAAGUGGUAUCUACACUCCUUUUUCUGCCACCUACUACCAUGCCCAGAGAGGAGACCCAGAGGAGGGCAGGCUGCUGGUAGCCAGGGUGCCAGUUUUAGACCCACUGUGGGUUGGACAGAGUGUGGCCACAGAGGAGGGGGUUGUUAGGACUGAGUCAACAUCAUCUGUACCUACAGGUUCUGGAUUCUCUCAGCAUGAAAGCUGUUUUGCAUAUCCUCGUCCUGAAACUGCUUCAUCAGUCCCUCCCUCUACCGCCACCUUCAUCUCAUCCAUGAUGUACGACCCUUUUACAUUUGUCCUCCUAAACAAGACAGCAGAUGAAGUCAAUGUAUGCAAUGGCACCUUUUGCUGUCACCUGCAGUACCAGCGGUCACUACAAGGCAGUGGUAAAGAGCUCUACGCAUUGGGAGCAUUUGCUGGAACACACAUUGUGGACGGACGCUAUGCCCUGCAGGUGUGUGCAAUAGUCCGCUGUGCGGGGUUGGACGUCAGUUCCUGUGGACAGGAAGUGGAAGAGGCCGAGUCUAAAAUGGACUUCCUGUUGGAGGGGAACUUUGAGACCAGAUAUGUGUACCCAUCAGUUUUGGCUAGCAAGUUUGUGCUGGAGCAGCCAGAGCAUCUGGAAAUGGCUUUAGAUGGCAGAGUGACCAUGAAACACUCUAACAUGUCUGGUGGGCUGGUCACUGCCUGUCUGUACGGACGAAUGUAUCACCUGGAUAAUUCCAUCUGGGUUUCACUAUUCAUGUCUCUCCACAAAGAAACAAUGUUUUUGUUUGUUGUCUUCAGUUUUUCUAUAAUGUUGGCCGUUGUUCAAACAAAGCCCAUUGUGGACUCCUCGUAUGUUGCUGCUGUCUACGAGCACAACUUAAUCCUGAACCCGGAGCCUAAUGUCACCCGUUCCCGACUUGCUGCCCUGCAGCACAUGCAGAAAAACCUGGAUAUCUAUGAGGAGCAGGCUGCCCGAGCUGCCCAGCAGGGUGCCCAGAUCCUGGUGUUUCCAGAAGACGGUCUUCAAGGUUACAACUUCAACCGUUCAUCCAUCUCUGGCUACCUAGAAACCAUUCCUGACCCCCAGCAGGAGAGCUGGAACCCCUGCACGGAGCCGGACAAACACAACAACACUGAGAUUCUCCGGCGCUUGAGCUGUAUGGCACGUCAUAACAACCUCUACCUGGUGGCCAAUGUUGCUGACCUGCAGCCCUGCCCCCUCAAGACCGACUCUUCCUCCUCCUCCUGUCCAUCUGAUGGACGCUGGCAGUUCAACACCAACGUGGUUUUCAGGUCAGAUGGCCUCCUGGUGGCACGCUACCAUAAACACAACCUCUACUUUGAGGAUUCUUUUGACACUCCGUCGCAACCUGAGAUCAUAACGUUUGAGACUCCUUUUGCUGGGAGGUUUGGCCUCAUGAUCUGCUUUGACAUCCUGUUUCAUGAGCCCACAAUAACCCUGGUGGAGAGGGGUGUGCGACAGCUCAUCUUAUCCACUGCCUGGAUGAACAAGCUCCCCCUACUGGACUCGGUACAAUUCCAGCGGGCGUUCAGCUUCGGUGCCAAUGUCACCCUGUUAGCAGCCAACCUCCGUAACGACCAACACAACAUGACAGGAAGUGGUAUCUACACCCCUUUUUCUGCCACCUACCACCACGCCCAGAGAGGAGACCCAGAGGAGGGCAGGCUGCUGGUGGCCAGGGUGCCAGUCUUAGACCCACUGUGGGUGGGGCAGAGCGUGGCUGCAGGGGAGGGGGUAGUUAGGACUGAGUCGACACCAUCUACAGCUACAGACUCUGAGCAAGAAAGCUGUUUUGAUUCUCCUCAUGCUGAAACUGCUUCUUCAGUCCCUCCCUCCUCUGCCACUUUUAUCACAGAUAUGAUGGGUGACCCUUUUACAUUUGUCCUCUUAAAGAAGACAGAGGGUGAAGUGAACGUGUGUCACGGCACUUUUUGCUGUCACCUGCAGUACAAGCAGUUACCACAAGGCAGUCGUAAAGAGCUCUAUGCAUUAGGAGUAUUUGCUGGAACACACUUGGUGAAUGGAAGUUACGCUCUGCAGGUGUGUGCAAUAGUCCGCUGUGCGGGGUUGGACGUCAGUUCCUGUGGACAGGAAGUGGAAGAGGCUGAGUCUAAAAUGGACUUCCUGUUGGAGGGGAACUUUGGGACCAGAUACGUGUACCCAUCAGUUUUAGCAAGCAAAUAUGUCUUGGAGCAGCCUAGACAUCUGGAAAAAGCUUUAGAUGGCAGAGUGACCAUGAACCACUCAAACAUGGCUGGUGGGCUGGUCACUGCCUGUCUGUAUGGACGAAUGUAUCACCUGGACAAUAAAUGAACUGCUUUGAAAUAGACGUGUGUGUCAGUAGAAAAACAUCAAACAUCAUUUUAUUUUUAAUUAAUGUAACAAAUCGACUGUUCUGACCAAGACUGAUAAUGAAAAUUGAGCUGUUGCACAUGUGUCAUUUACACAGUUCAA